CUGGGACUUUUGUUGAAGGCAGCCAUACCUAUGUGUGUCCCCACUGAGUACACCCUUUACAUCGAGAGGCAGGAGUGUAAUUACUGUGUGGCCGUCAACACCACUAUCUGCAUGGGCUUCUGUUUCUCCAGGUGAGCAGAACAGCAUCUCAGAAUGUACUACACUUCAAACCUUGAGGCGGAUGGACUUCAACAGCAGAAGACCACGUUGGGUACCAUAGUGUUCCUAAUAAAGUGCUUAGACAGUAAUGUGAAGGAGUUGUUGGGUCCCCGUUUCCUGGUCCAGAGGGGCUGCACCUAUCAGGAGGUGGAGUACCGAACAGCCGUUCUGCCUGGCUGCCCACCACAUGCAGAUCCUCACUUCACCUACCCGGUUGCCCUGAGCUGCCACUGCAGCACCUGUAACACACACAGUGAUGAAUGUGCGCACAAAACCAGCAACGCUGGGAUGAAAUGCUCCAAACCGGUGCGUCAUUUGUAUCCCGACCCUGAAGAGAGCAACUAUAUCCAGUCAUACUGGGAACAGUACGAGUGACAUUUGAAAUUAUCUAUGUGGAUUUUUACUAUUCUUUGACUAAAAUCGUCCACACAAUAAAUUAUUUGUUAAUUGGUAUUAAAGUAUUUACACUGCAGUUGACCAUGGGCACUUUUCUUGGAUGGCAAAUUAUCGAGUAAACUUUAGUUUCCUAAGCAGUCAUGUUUGAUGUACACUAAAUUACAACUAAAAAGUUUGGACACACUUGCUUCAAUGUAUGUUUUUCCUCAUGAUCCUAAAGUAUUUUGAUCUAAAGGCUUAUACUUAAAAGAGUGAUAUUAGUUUUGUAGACUGAUAUAAAUUGUGCUUGUAUAUUCAUUUUGUUACAAAGCUAACAUUUUUGGUCCAAUUUUACUGGUUAGUAAAAGAAAAACAGUCAACAAGUACCCAGCAUGCAUGAGAACUCCUUCAAUACUGUUUAAAAAGCAUCUCAGGAAGCACCUCAUGAAGUUGGUUGAAAAAAUGCUGAGACUUUGUUUAAAGGGAUAGUUUACCCAUAAAUGAAAAUUAUCUCAUUAUUUACUCACCCUAAU